AUGAAGUUCAUCAUCGCUACUAUCGCUUUGCUUGGUCUUGUUUCAGCCGACAAGUACGCCAACUUCUUCACAGACGAAAAUUGCAAUGAAGACGGAUCCAUUGGGUUCAACAUGGACAAUCCCGGAUGUUUCGCUUGGGCAGGUGCCAAAUCAGUCUACAUCCCCAACAACCCUAUCGACUGGAACCAAUACUAUUGUCUUGUGCAAACAUACGAUAGCAAAGAAUGUAACUGUCAAAACGACGGAUACGAAUUCCAAGCUACUGGAUUCUGUCAUGAGCUUGAUGGAAAAGCUCAAAGCUACAGAUUUGUCGGGAGUGGAAGGAUGCCCACCGGUAAGGGUACAACAUUCCUUGCGGAAACUUGA